UUUACCUACCGGAAGCAUUGUGUACGUCAGUCAUUUUUGAUCUAUAGAUUUUUUACAAAUUAUUAGAAUUUUCUUUCCAUAAUUCUUACAGACAUUUUCUAAAUAAAUAACAUAGGUGCUACAAUUUGAUUGUGAACAUUAUUUUAUAUUGAUCUUACAUUAUUUAUAAGCCAUAACCAUGUCCGGAGAACCAGACGUAGCCCGCACCCCCGAAGAGGAGACAGAAACGGAAGAAGAAGAAAUCAAAUCCUCGUACCGACCACCACCGGAGAAGACUAUCGAGGAGAUCCUCGCCGCUGACCAGGAGGACGAGUCGCUGAGGAAGUAUAAAGAGGCGCUGCUGGGACAAGUGCAAGCAGGCCCUGUUAUUGUUGACGCGAACGACCCAAGGAAGGUGAUCGUCAAGAAGCUGGCGCUGUGCGUCACAGACAGGGACGAUCUGGAGCUCGACCUGUCUGGGGACCUCACUGAUCUCAAGAAACAGGUGUUCGUGAUAAAAGAGGGCGUGCAAUACCGGAUAAGGAUCGACUUCAUAGUGCAGCGUGAAAUCGUGCACGGUCUGAAAUACGUGCAGAAGACGUACCGUAUGGGGGUGCCUGUGGACAAAAUGACGCACAUGGUCGGCUCGUACCCCCCCAAGACGGAGAUACAAUCGUACACGACUCCCCCCGAAGAUGCGCCCAGUGGCCUCAUGGCAAGAGGGAGCUAUUCAGUUAACAGCCUCUUCACAGACGAUGAUAAGAACAUUCAUCUGCAGUGGGAAUGGACCUUCGAGAUCAAGAAGGAUUGGAAGGACUAGGGGGGACCGGGGUGGGAUACGUGCGACGGUGUGCAGAGAUCGAUGAUCUAUAGAUCGGAUUUGGGGAUGUGAUUUUUUGUUGUUUGACAUCAGCGUUUAGAAAUAAAAGAUUUUAACGGAUUUUAAAUGUGAUUUAUUGAGAUAAAUAGUUUUUUUUUUUCGACAUCAUCCGCAUUUAGAAAUUAAAGACUUCUUUUUCGCGAAUAAAUCGUGUUUAAAAUCCGCUAGUCUUUAAAUUUUCAACGUGUACUCGCGUAAAAUCAAACACAAGUAAAUGUGUCAUCAUCAGCCCAUAUAUUAUGUUCCCACUGUUAAAAGUAGGGGUUUUUAGGUGAUAUGUUCAAAUUGGAAUGUUUCAAAAAAAAUGUCUAAAUUAUGUAUUAUUACCAAAAGAAUAAAGGGGUAAUAUAAGGGUUUUAAUCUUAAUAGAAAUGUAAUAAGAUGGCAUUUAUUUGCAAGGAAAUAUUUUAAAAUCGAAUAUGUAAUGUUUGUGUCAUAUUUGCAACACAUUUAAUAAGUGCUGCAGUAAGUUUUUAAGAUUAAUAUGUAAGUGUGACGGAAUUAACAAAAUAUUCUAAAGAUAACGUUCGAUUAAAUACUAUUAUAGUAUUACUUAUUUCUGAAUGAUUAUAAAAUAUCAUUCAAUACCUAUUUAAUUACCUAGCUAUACUUUAAAAAAUGGGUAUAAUAUAAAAGUCACAAAACGCUUCGUGUAUCACUGCCCUUAAUCUAAAUCGAUCUCUCACCCCGCUUGGAAUUAAAACGCACACAAUCUGUUUCGUGCAGUCCAAUCAAGGUUCGACGGCUGAAUGAGAGCUAUAUAUAGCUCAGUUUUGGUGUACAGUUAGGCAUUUUAUACACGAGCAUUUCGAACGCCCAUACAUUUGAUACCAUAUAUUAUUAUGUUCUUCGUAGAUUCAUGGUUUAAGAAAUGCCGCGUUCGAAACGCUCGUGCGUAACGUCGCCUUAAAAUUGACUAAAUAGUGCAUUUUAAUUCGUUUACGGACUGGACUCUUCAAAUAAAUUCAAGAAAUUGUUCGUGUAUUUUUAAAUUUAAUAUAAAUAAAAGAUAAGCCAAUAUUUUUAUAUAUUUACGAUAAUAUCACAAGAUUUUUCUUUCAAUAAUACUACGCAUGAUUUUAUUUCUCGUCAUAUUCGUAAAUGCGUAGAUUAUAAUAGCAGUAGGUCUAGUAUUAGUAAUAGUACUGUUUAAUAGGUACAUACGUUUCCGAGAUAGAUUUUUUAGUGUCGAUUUGUAUAAUAAAACAUAGUCAUUUUUACUUACGCCGUACUAGAAGUCAUUAUUUUGUUUCGUAGAAAACGUUAAAACGUUAUUACUCAUUCAAUGGAUUUACAACAGGCUAACAACAUUUCUAUAUCUGUAUAGAUAUAUUCGGAAUUUUUACUAAUAUUAAUGUUAAUUAUAUUCUUAAAAUUCGGUGUUAAGUAAAGCGAUAAUUUCUUAAAAUAACUAAAUAUCGACACAAAUGCUGUCAUCGGCAUUCCUAGAAGCAUUUUAGCCAAACCAAGCCUCUGGUCUUACAAACAAACAAUAAUAAAUAUAAUAAAAAAAACUAUAUUUUUGUGUGUGUGUUCAUUUUCUACAGAUUUUUUACUCUGACGAAAUGAGAGAAUCGUAACAAUGUCUAUCCCACUUCGCCUUAACGGUAAUUCUAUAAGAGAGAGCGAGACAGAUAUAUAUUUGUACAUGCGUCGUUGGUACACGGACAUAGUCUAUUUUUAAUACGUAGCUUCUAAACAAUGCAGUGCCAGAGACGAAAUGGCAAUAAUAAUUUAAAUAAAGUAUUAAUUUUUGUAUGUAUGUAUCCUCGGAUAGUGUGGAACGGCUCGACAGUGCUAUAAUGCGUGGUAAUUUGACCGUUUUUGAUGGAGAUUGUAUGAAAGCUUACGUUUAGAAAGUAAUGUGAGUGGCAAAUUUUAUAGUCUUUGGUAAAUAUAUAAAAAAGUGCUUCAAUCAAAUAAUAUUCAUAAUAAUUGCGAUAAAUUGAAAGUAACAUUUGUCACUCAUAUUAAAAGGGUCGGAAAUAUAUCAGAAAAGAUAGUGUUGGAAUAACUGCUUGAGCGUGGAGGUAAGGAGUGCUGUAAUCGAAUGUACAAAGAUGUUAUAUAUAUUAUAUAUCAUCUUGUUUGUACGUACAUUUGGCUAUAUAUUAAGGCUUCCUUUUAUAAAUUUUAAACAAUUUUGAAUAAAUUUUUUCACAGAAUUACGUAUCGUAGGACAAGUAUUAUAAAUUAUAAUUAUAAAUCCGUUGGAAGUACUAAGUUUAAAAAUUCUUUAAUGUAUAAUAUAAUGAUUAUUUUCGUGCUAUUUUUAUGAAUUUUGUUAUUACAAUUAUUUCAAUAGUGUAAAGUUGUAUGCGAUGUAAUAGUUUGGCCAAAUAAAGCUUAUUUAUUCAG